AUGUGCAAGAUUGUUUUAACAUUAUUAGCUCUCAUAGCUCCUCCUAUUGCCGUUCUCUUCCAAGAAGGAUGUACGUGCAAUCUUCUCAUCAACUUUCUCCUGACAUUAUUGGGAGUAAUCCCAGGAGUAAUCCACGCUUGGUAUAUCCUCUGGUGCUAUGAACCACAAAUUGUUAACCACACCACCACCGUUUAUGUACAAGGUCGUAACGAUGCUCCUCCUGCUUACCAAUAA